AUGCAGUUCCGCGCGCCAGGCGCUGAGGUGCCAAACCCAUACGCGGCACUUGGCGUGAGCCCGGAUGCCUCCGCCGACGAGAUCAAAAAGGCCUUCCGCAAAAAGGCGACGGCACUGCACCCCGACAGGAAUAACGGCGGCGACGAGGAGUUUCAGGCGGUUGGACAGGCUUACGAGAUCUUAAAGGACCCGGAGAAGCGCCGCGAGUUCGACCUGACUGGCACUGUUGGCGGCGGCGGCAUGGGCGGGGGCGGCCCGAGCCAGGCCGCGCAGGAGGCUAUGAUACGCGAGUUCAUGCGGCAGAAUGGGUUUGGAGCAGACUUUGGGUUCGGCGGCCAGGGCCAGCAGCAGCGGCCGGCGAAGAAACCGUUCCCGCGGCCCGGCGUGGACUGCUGGAUCGCGGCCGACGUGGCGGAGAUCUCGCGCGCCUCACGCGCGAGCAUGUUCAGCACCGACAAGGACGAGAUUCGUGCUCGCUUCGCAGGCACGCUUGGCGUGGUUUCGGCGGUCGACUCGCGUGACCGAUCGGUCAAGGUGCGGGUGAUGGUGUCGCCAGGCCGGGCCGCCGAAAUCUGGUACGGGUCCGACGCGAUUUGGGACCCGGCUGCUCUCGCGGAGGGGGGGCAGGUGCGGGUGUGCCGCGAUGCCGCCGCGUUGCACCGUUCCUCUCGCGCGGCGGGCCUCGCCAUAGACCUCGACAAGGACAGUGUGCGGGAGAGGUGCGCCGGCAAGACGGGCACGGUGCAGGCGGUCGACACCGGCGACCAGACCGCCAAGUUGCGGGUCGUGGAUCGACAGGCAGGCACGGCGGUUAUCUGCUGGUUCGCCAUCGCGAGCCUUGUCCCAGUGGUUUAG